AACUUUCCUUCGUCUCCCAUUAUAUUUGGUACCGCGUUCUCUAGCUAACUAAACAACUAACACCAGCUCUAGUUUCUGUGUUGUCUUCUUGCGCCCGCAUUUUCUUUCUAUUUCUCUCUUUUUCUCAUCAAUUUUCCCAAGGAACUGGCUUCUUUUUAUAGAGUCGUUGAGCUAGUUGAUAAUUUAAGAAUAUGAGCCGAGUAGCAGACACGAAUGUGUUUGAUGCAGUGAGCCAUUUGUUCAACAUCCCUGAGAGCAUCGAGAAAUUCAUUAUUAAUUCGCGCUCAAAUGACACGAAUGAGAACAAGAGUAUAGGUAACAUUCCUGCGGACAUAUUGGACACGCCUAAAGAGUACAUCUUCUACAUGGAUGUGCCUGGCUUGUCCAAGUCUGAUAUUCAGGUGACUGUUGAAGAUGAGAACACACUUGUGAUUAGGAGUGGAGGGAAGAGGAAACGCGAAGAUGGUGAGGAAGAAGGCUGCAAGUACAUAAGACUUGAGAGGAGGACACCUCAGAGGCUGAUAAGGAAGUUCCGGUUACCUGAAAAUGCCAAUGUAUCUGCCAUUACUGCCAAAUGCGAAAAUGGGGUUCUAACAGUUGUUGUUGAGAAGCAUCCUCCACCACCCAAGGCCAAAAAAGUUGAGGUAACUGUGUCUUAAAUGGAGAGACAGAGGGCUCUGUUUGUGCAUUUUGUUCGGUAGAUGGGUUUAGGAUCUUAGGGCCUGUAGCUCUUUGUUGUUAAGUGGAGUUUAAUAUGCUUGAAAUUGAAGGACCGAUGUUAAUGUCAAAAUUUGUUUGCAAUAUGUGGAUGUUGGUAUUUGAAAUGUACUUCUGUUCUGUGCA